UGCUGAAAACCUGGAACCAUGCAAAACAAAAACACGAAAAGAACGUAAAGAAAUCAACCACUUUAUACAGUCUCGUACCAAGGUUAUUGGAUUUAAGCGGGCUAUUCUCAUCGAAUCUCUACUUCAAGAAUAGCUUUAUACCAAUAUGCCUCUUCCACCAGCCCUUCUUGCUCGACUUAAAAAACGUGGUAUUGUUUCCGCCGGUCCACAGGAAGAAGCUGUGGAGGAAGUUUUUGCUGAGAAUUAUGAUGAAGAAAGUGAACCAGUGUUACCAGUAUCGUUUGAUCAGCCUUUUAACGUUAAGAAAUGUUACACGGUCAGUCCUGUACCUAUUAUCGAGAAUGGGGUUUUAAUCCAUGAAUGUGCUGAGUGCCCUAGUCAAGCUAAUCCGUAUCAUGUUUGUUCACCAUAUUGUUAUGAACGAUACGGGCGAAGAAAGUUCAACCCUGAUCUAACAAACAUUCGUUUGAAAAGCAGAAUGCUACGUCGUUACCCACUCCCAAGCCAUUGGAUUGAAGUUGGUGAUCCAGUGACUGGAAGAUUUUAUUACUGGAAUACUAAAACAGAUGAUGUAUGCUGGUUGUCUCCGUUACAUCCACGUGCUAAAAUCAGUCAACCUGGUAGUAUUGUUCGGGCCAAUACGUUACGUGAACGUGACGCAGCUCGAGCUGCAGCUGAAGCUGCUACUGCUGCAGUUUUAGCAGCAGAACGAAAAGAUUCACGGCGUAGAUCUAGUGAUUCCGGCAGUAAUCGAUCAGGCAGCGAGAGUGAAGAUAAUGAUUCUGAUGAAAUAAAAGAAUCUAAACGAUCUAGACGUGAAACAUCUAGAUCUCCUGAACAUGAUACUAAUAGAGCCUUGUUUAGACGAAAUAAUUCAUCUCGCUGGCAGGAUGCUGAAUCAGAAAAUAAUCACCAGAGAAGUGUAUCCAAUGAUUAUAAUGAUUUCAACCAAUCAACUAACGAACAUGAGGCUGUAACACAAAAACUAUCUGAUACAGCUAAUUUUAACGAGUACAAUCAAUUAGAGGAUGAAGUUGAUGAAGAUGAAGAAUCACCCGAUGGAGUUCCUUUAACUGAAAAUUAUUAUAACAACAGUCAUAACCAAAAUAUUGAAAUGGAAUCUAACUUACAAAACUCUAGAGAUGAGUAUCCACCACCUCCUACAUUUCCUCCUCCUCCCCCUCCCCCACCACCACCAGCUCAUCUAAUCUAUCCUCCAACCCAAUGGAACCGACCAUCUGAAUCAUCUUCAUUGUUUCCAUCACAAGUUAAAAAUCACUCUGAUGAUCACGCUAGUGGUACUACUACACGCGGUUGGAAUCAACCAGCAGAGACAUCUGAUAAUAAUCGUUUUAGAUAUAGAGAUAGGGAUAGGAAACGUCGCGCAGCAACUCUCGGACCCUUAGACCCAAUGGAUCCAGCGUCUUAUGGUGAUAUACCACGUGGAACAUGGAGUUCAGGCUUAGAAGGGGUUACUGGAGCACCAUCGGCUAAGACAGGUGUAGAUAGCACUGCAUCGGGACCAUUAUUUCAACAACGUCCAUACCCUAAUCCUGGUGAUGUUUUACGUGCAAAUGCUGCAGCUAAAGUCCAUGAAGAGGAAAGGCAAGAUGAAUCUAAUAACUGAAGUUUUACUUCUGAAGUUGUUCUGUACACUCAUUGUUUACUUUUCAACAGAAUUUCAAUUUAUUAAAAAAAACCAUUAAAUAGUUUGAUGUCUUCGAAAGAUACUUUCUCCAUCGAUGAAUUAUAAAAAAAAUCAUACUUAAAUAGUUAUUCAUGAGCGAAAAACAUCAGAAAGAACAAUUGUUUCUAAUGACUUCCUCAUUAAGUUUUAGUUAUCAAGUCCAAAUAUAUCGUUAUUACUUUAUU